AUGGAGAACAAUCAUAACGCGAAAAGGGCAUUAUCAAAGAGUUUGAGGUCGAUUCUACAAAGUGGCAUCGAUGCCGGUGUUCCAGGUGUCUCCGCUGCAAUCGCCACGUCUAAAGGAAUUAUAUGGCGGAAUUCUGCUGGGUUUGCGGUCCUAGAAAAGAAUAUCCUGGACAAUGAUUCGACCGUAUUUGGGAUCGGGAGUAUCACCAAAGCUUUCGUGGCGGUUGUUAUCCUCCAACUCAUCGAAGAAAGCCAACUCAAUAUGUCGGACAAGAUCAGUGAACAUUUAAACCAGGAAUAUUUAGAUGGCAUUGGUAACGCAAAUGAUGCAACAAUUGCUGAUUUACUAAGUCAUACUGCUGGUGUUGAAAGCUGGGAGGAUGAUCCGAACUGGAUCACUGAAGCGAAGGGUGAAAAAUUGGAUCCGAAAAUAAUUUGGGACAAGAAAGAUACUUUGAAGUAUGUUAGACGACCAUCUAGGUUUGAAACUCCUCGUUUCUCUUAUUCUAACACAAAUUACACUCUCUUGGGUUUGAUCGUGGAGAAAAUUGUCGGCCAUUCAGCAGAAAGCGAGAUCUGUCGGAGAAUACUCGAUCCUUUAAAUUUAAUGGAUACAUUUCUGGAAGAGUUUGAACAGGCGGGACCACGAAAGAAUAAUAUGCCAAAUCGAUAUGAUUAUGCUACAGAUGAAUUUCGGAACACUGCAGGAUCAAAUCUAUCAGUAGAAUGGGUAGCCGGUGGGAUGAUCUCCUCAACCUGUGACCUUCUCAAGUUUGCGAUUUAUCUCCGGGAUGGAAAGUUAUUUAGUCCCUCAUCUAUGGAUCUUCUUAAAAUAUGGCAGCCAGCCACAGAAUCAACGGAGAUUGGGCAUGGAAUCUUUAGAUUCGGGAAGUCCCGUACACAAACGAACUGGCUUGGGCAUAAUGGAAGCGUACUUGGAUUUACAGGAUCUCUAUGGUGGAAUGAGGAAAUCGAUUGUAUAGUAUGUGUUCUUGCGAAUGUGAGAUCUACGCAUGCUGGAAAAGUUUCAUCGAGUGCGCCACAAAUUGCCUUCCAAUCUGAGCUUCUGGAAGUAGCUAAGGAGUUGACUAAUAUUGCUGUAGAGUAUGAAUAA